UAGCUCUUCCACAGUCGUUGAUCGAGCGUUAUCUUGCCUGACCGUUGAUGAUGCUUGGUUGUGUCAGUGCACUCUGAUCCUGUGAAAUAUAUGAAUUCUAACUUUGCUGCUCUUUUUAUUCUAUUCCUCGAGCUGCAGCCUUCCUCUUUUGGCCUUUUGUUCAAUUUGUCUCCUUGCUAACUUCCUUCAUUAGCUUUCUGAUUCUAUUGUUUAUCCCGGCUGUUGCCACUUCUUCUUAGUGUGAAAUAAAACUUGUUUCAAAACAUCAUCUCUUUCCUAGUUCCAGUAUUUCAGUUUUCUUUGAUUGUCCUCAACAAACAAUGUCUUCCUCUCGACCUGCAAAUUCUUCUGCUAGUUCCAACAGAAGUAGACACAGCGCUAGAAUCAUAGCCCAGACAACGGUAGAUGCCAAACUUGAUGCAGAGUUUGAAGAGUUCGGUACCUCGUUUGAUUAUUCCCAGUCAAUUGUGGCACACAAGGGAUCAUCUCCUGACCCCAAGAAGUCGGAGAAAGUCACUGCAUACCUACAGCACAUUCAGAAAGGGAAGCUAAUCCAGCCGUUUGGCUGCUUGUUAGCCCUUGAUGAGAAGACAUUUAAGGUCAUAGCUUACUCUGAGAAUUCCCCGGAGAUGCUCACCAUGGUCAGCCGAGCUGUGCCAAGCGUAGGAGAACACCUUACGCUUGGUAUCGGAACUGAUGUGAGGAGCAUUUUUACUUCUCCUAGUACUGCAGCACUGCAGAAGGCCUUAGGUUACCCGGAGGUCUCUCUUCUCAAUCCUAUUUUAGUCCACUGUAAAACAUCUGGUAAGCCCUUCUAUGCAAUCAUCCAUCGGGUGACUGCUUGUUUGAUUGUUGAUUUUGAGCCAGUGAAGCCUUCUGAGUUGCCCAUGACCGCUGCGGGGGCCCUUCAAUCAUAUAAGCUCGCUGCUAAAGCAAUAGCCCGGUUGCAAUCAUUGCCUGGUGGUAGUAUAGAGAGACUUUGUGAAACAGUGAUUGAAGAAGUCUUUGAACUCACUGGCUAUGACAGGGUAAUGGUUUAUAGGUUCCAUGAAGAUGACCAUGGAGAGGUCUUUCGAGAAAUCACAAAGCCGGGAUUGGAGUCUUACCAAGGCCUGCAUUAUCCAGCUACAGAUAUUCCCCAGGCUGCUAGAUUCCUUUUCCUGAAGAGCAAGAUCCGGAUGAUUUGUGAUUGUCGUGCGAGGCCUAUAAAGAUUUAUCAAGACGAGAAGCUGCCUUCUGAUCUGACCUUCUGUGGUUCUACACUUAGAGCCCCUCACAGUUGUCACUUGCAGUAUAUGGAGAACAUGAACUCUAUAGCAUCUCUGGUUAUGGCAGUGGUGGUGAAUGAAGGGGAGGAGGAAUGUGAGAACUUGGAGCCUGGACAGUCCCAGCAGCAAAAGAGGAAGAGACUUUGGGGCCUUGUUGUUUGCCAUCAUGAAAGCCCAAGGUUUGUUCCCUUCCCCUUAAGGUAUGCCUGUGAAUUCUUGAUGCAGGUGUUUGCCAUCCAUGUCAACAAGGAAUUUGAUUUAGAGAAUCAGCUCCGCGAGAAGAACAUCCUGAAAACCCAGACACUGCUGUGUGACAUGUUGCUCAGAGAUGCUACACCUGUAGGCAUCAUGACACAGAGUCCAAAUGUUAUGGAUCUAGUGAAAUGUGAUGGUGCUGCCCUUUUGUACGAAAAUGAGAUUUGGAGGCUUGGCUUGACCCCAACUGAAACUGAGAUUAGAGACAUUGCCUAUUGGCUUGAAGAGAAUCAUAUGGAUUCUACAGGUUUGAGCACUGACAGUCUGCGUGAUGCUGGAUAUCCUGCUGCUCUAACCCUUGGUGAUGUAGUUUGUGGGAUGGCAGCUGCCAGAAUUACUUCCAAAGACAUCAUGUUUUGGUUUAGAUCUCAUACCGCUGCCGAAAUCCGAUGGGGAGGUGCAAAGCAUGAUCCCUUGGAUAAAGAUGAUGGGAAGAGAAUGCACCCAAGGUCUUCAUUCAAAGCGUUCCUUGAAGCCGUAAAGAUGAGGAGUGUUCCCUGGAAGGACUAUGAGAUGGAUGCUAUUCAUUCCUUGCAGCUUAUACUGCGAGGGACUUUCAAUGAUUCUGAGAAUUCCAAGAGGAAGGCAUCACUGGAUGCUCGAAUCAGUGACCUUAGAAUUGAAGAAAUGGUAGAAUUGCAAGCGGUGACCAAUGAAAUGGUACGGUUGAUUGAGACAGCGACCGUGCCAAUCUUGGCGGUGGAUGUCAAUGGAUUCAUAAAUGGGUGGAACCUGAAAAUUGCUGAAUUAACGGGUCUCUCGGUAGAUGAAGCCAUAGGGAAGCAUUUGCUGUCCCUUGUAGAAGAUUCUUCAGUGGAAGUUGUCAAGGAGAUGCUUUUUUUGGCAUUGCAGGGGAAGGAAAAGCAGAAUGUGCAAUUUCAGAUGAAAACUCAUGGCCUUCGGAGAGAUGAUGGUCCUGUUAUCUUGAUUGUCAAUGCUUGUGCAAGCCGCGACAUCAAUGAGAAUGCAGUUGGAGUGUGCUUUGUGGCUCAAGAUAUGACUGGUCAAAAGAUGGUCAUGGACAAAUUUAUUCGGAUUGAAGGAGAUUACAAAGCUAUAGUACAAAAUCCUAGCCCGCUGAUCCCACCUAUAUUUGGUGCAGAUGAGUUUGGCUGGUGUUCCGAGUGGAAUCCAGCCAUGGCUAAGUUGUCUGGAUGGAAGAGGGAUGAAGUGAUAGAUAGGAUGCUGUUGGGUGAGGUUUUCGGGAGCAGUGCAGCCUGUUGUCGUUUAAAGAACCAAGAUGCAUUUGUGAAUCUUAGUGUGGUCAUUAACAAUGCCAUAGCAGGCCAAGAAACAGAAAAGGCUCCCUUUGAUUUUAUCAGUCGUAGUGGUAAGCAUGUGGAAUGCCUUCUCUCGGUGACCAAGAAAGUGGAUGCAGAAGGUAUAGUCACCGGAGUGUUUUGCUUCUUGCAUACUGCUAGUCAGGAGCUGCAACAGGUUCUCCAUGUCCAGCAGCUGUCAGAGCAAACGGCCAUGAAGAAACUGAAAGCUUUGUUGUAUAUCAGGCAUGAAAUAAGAAAUCCUCUUUCUGGAAUAUUAUUUCCGAAAAAAAUGAUUGAGGGCACUGAUUUAUCUGAGGAGCAAAAAGAGCUAUUGACUUCCGAGGGAGGUGCCACCAGCAGGUUAACAGAAUUCUUGAUGACCUGGAGCUUGAAAAACAUUACAGACAGCUGUUUGGGUUUAGAAAUGGUGGAGUUCAUUCCACAGGAUGUCUUGAUUACUGCUGUGAGUCAAGUCAUGAUUGCGAGCAAUGAAAAGGGUGUUCGAAUAGUUAACAGUCUAUCAGAUAAAUUCAUGACUGAAGGCCUUUAUGGGGAUAAUCUGAGGCUUCAACAGAUCCUUGCUGAUUUCCUGGUGGUGUCUGUGAAGUACUCUCCAAAUGGAGGUCUGGUUGAAAUCACUUCUGAAAUAAAUAAAGAUCAACUGGGAAAAGAUCUCCAUCUAGUGCAUCUGGAGCUCAGGAUAACACACAUGGGUAGUGGAGUGCCAGAGGAAUUGCUGUCUCAAAUGUUUGGAAAUGGUAGUGAGCUGUCGGAGGAGGGCAUCAGUCUGCUUGUGUGUAGGAAAUUGUUGAAGCUCAUGAAUGGUGAUGUCCGUUAUCUCAGGGAGGCAGGCAAGUCGGCUUUUAUCAUCUACCUUGAGCUUGCUUCUGCCCCUGCCCCCGACAAGGCCAAAGGGACAGGCUACCCUAUGGUCUGAGCUAAUGCCGCCAGCUAGUCACAUCAAUAAUAUAUAUAUAUAUAUAUAUAUAUAUGUUUUAGUUAGCUAAUGUGCAUCAGUCUGCUUGUGUAUUGAUUAAUAAUGUACGUACUCUCUUCAAUAAGAAGAAAUCAAUAUCAUGCGGCCUU